AUGAGCACUGCGCACACAUGCUUUCGCAACGCCCUGACCCAGGCCUUUCGACCGUCUCGCCGUGGCCCCGCUGCCUCCCACUCCGUCUGCGCAUUCCUUGUUCCGGCGCUAUCGCGAAGCUCUAAACGCCCCUUCUCGUCAGGAAAACGUCGAUCCAAACCACAGAGCGCCACGUCCCAUAACUCGACAGAACGACCGAAAGAUUCUCUUGUAUACGUAUACCCCCCAAAGGGCGCCAGAUCGCCCAUACAAGGCCGCAUACCAAUACCCACUCCCGAUGCACGUGGCGACAUUAAGCAAUGGCUCUUGGCCAUUGAGCCUUUCCUCCCAAUCGAGAUACGACGCACAUAUACUGACGCGCCAGAUGUCUCCGCCACGGUGACAUCACUCGAUCUCUCCAUUGUCAUCAACAAAGCUCAGGAUGCUGGCCACGACAUACUCAGUCAUCUUGGCUUGUUGGCAGGACGAUGGCAGGCGGCGGUAUGGAUAGCGAAGAAGCUUGCAGAAGGCGGAAAGCGAUCGGUCGAAGCUCCAGCACGGAUGGAUCCUUUCGAGGACGUUGCCUGGCCGAUCUCCGACAUUCAGUCUCUACACUUUUCGACGAACAAGCCUCUGCGCCUCGAACGAACACGCCCAAGAAGGAAGCUUGAGGUUUCUCUGGACGAGCUGACGGCAGCGCCAGACACGAUCAAUCUACGCCACCUAAUCGUCAAGCGGGCUCUGGGUCAGUUAUGGAGGAGCUUGGGCACCAUGAUACUGGCUGCUCCUGAGCAGAACAAGUCUGGGCAGGAUACAGUCAUGUCGCAUGUCCUAGAGAUUAUUGCGUACUUGCAUCACAUUGGAUUCAUGCCAGAUUCUGUGUACAUGUUCCGUCCGCAGAAUGACAAGUAUGCGUUACAGCAACCGCCAACGCUGCACAUGCUAUCCUCAAAAAUCCUGAUCGCCCUCUCAGAUGCGUCUUGGAAAGCGCAUGAGGCGGCAGUGAAAGCUGCAAAGGACGGCGCGAAAGCCUCGUACUUUCUUGGUCACGAAAUCCCCAGUUCUCGAUAUAAAGUCGAGGUCACAGAAAUCGCGCCUGAGCUCUGGUUGGAGCUUGUCCUUUGGUCGUGCUUACAUGGCGGCUGGACUGCAGAUGGUACCGCAAUCCUUGAGAGGCUGGCUGCCACCCAGGGCGCCCAUACAUGGGGAUUGAUCAGUUGGCGCGAAAUCUUAGAAGCUGAGCAGCAGCGUCUGCCAUCAGCACCAGAGGGGUGGAAUCUUUUUCCAAUGCAUGGAGAUGCUGCUGCGGGUGCUGAGGAUCGGGCACGCACACGGAGAACUAUCAGCAGCGAGAUUGUGACCGCUUUCAUUGAUGCUCUCGUCAACGACAUGCGCCUGGGUGUAGGUGCGCGCGGCACAAAUCCGGAAGUUCUGAUUGAUCACAUCAAGACUUUGAAAGGCUUUCUUGAAUCAAAGAACCUAAGUCUGGGUUCAGUGGCGUGGGACUCAGUCAUCACACGUCUUCUGGAGUCAGGCGGCUUUGACCCAGAGAAGCGUCCCGAGCUUCUACUCCGCAUGUUCAACCUUGCGGCUGAAUUUGGCACCGAAGUUGGCUCAGUGAACGCCUCCCCGGCAGCUGACGAUGAAGUGCCAUACUUCUUCGAACCUACCACUGCUCCCCUUAGCCUACUUCAUCGGGCAAUGAGGGCUUUCAUCAGCAUCGGAGAUACUAGGGGCACAAUGGAAUCUUUCAAGAUGCUCCAGCAACAUGCAGAUAACAACAAGCAGAAAUCGUUGCAGCAAUUCUUCGAAGCAUUGAAAACUAUGCCAUUGCGACAAGCUGAGCCCUUUACAAGCCGGACAGCGCCGAUCGACUUCCCCUCUUUUGACACGAACCUACCUGUACCAUUGCUUGCUAAGCUACUGGAUCUUGCGACUGACUCCGAGAUGUACGAACUUGGGCGUUGGUUCGUCUAUUCGAAAGACCUCGAUGGUCCACUGAUCGGCCGGGGCCUAUACAACCAUCGAAACAUUGCUGCGUCACUUGUACGCUUCGGCAUCCUUGCAGGAGAGAAUGACAUUGUGCUGGAUAUCGUCAAGCGAGCUGGUUAUCUCGAUCCCAAGACUCAGCAGCAGCGGAUGCCCAAUGAGCUAUUGACAGCACUGUUUCGCAGUCAAGUCAGACUUCGCCGAUGGGACGCAGUUCGGAAUAUGCAGAAGCACGCUCUCAAGUUAAGCACAUGGACACCACGACCGAGUAUCUUGACAACCUUCGUUGCUGAACUCUUGCGUGCUUCUGGGGGGUCUGAGACAGAGGCGAACGAUGCCAAGAAGGCGUUUUUCGGAAUGCUCUUCACUUGGGAGCGCCUUAUCCUCAGUACCAUACGCAACGAGCUGUAUUGCACGCUCGCUAUACUUUCCACUGUCGAUGAGACAUGGAAGACAUACUGUUCUCAAUUCCUCAACUUCUCCUCCCGACAAAGCGUCCUGCUCUCUACGGAUAACUUCAAUCAGAUCUUGGGUGGGGUCCUCGACCGGUAUGACAGCGUGAAAGGGAAGGAGCUCAUCGAGCAAUGGUGCUACAAGCCGAGGAGACUGUUCGAACCAUUCAGAGCCCUUGGAGGAGUGCCAACUAUGCCUCAAUUCCGCUUUGGAAGAGGUGAAGAGGUCGAAGCCUUUCCGGACAACAUAGAGAUAGUCCAAGACUCGGGUGCAAAGCUCGUCUUGCAUGGUCGAAUUCUUCCGAAUCGGCAGACGAUCUGGGCCAUCUUACGGAAGGUGCAAAGCGAAGUGGAGCAAUGGGGUCAGGAUGGAAAAGAGAUGACAAUCUCUGCGCGUGAUCAAGUGCGCGAUACGCUUCGAUGGGCGGCUCGUCUUCUCUACUAUCUAGGCUACGACUACGAGGAAAUCAUUCGUGAUCUGGGCAGCCUCGCGAAGCUUGCCGAGCUUGAGGCUCCCAAAGCCCGCCCUGCCAUUGGACAGAUCGAAGCUGCAGAGUACGGUCUGUAACGGCAUCUUGCACAUAGCGCACCGAAGUUGAAC